GGCAUGCCCUCUAACCUUCAGCCAGAGCAGUAUAUAUAGCUGGGAGAGAUGAGGGGAAGGCCCCUGGCAGCCAAAAUGAAGUCUCUGCUGUCUGUGUGCUGCUUGCUGUCUCUGCUGUCUCUGUCUGCUGCAGACCUCCUUGCAGGUUCCUCUAUCCACGAUGAGGAGCCUCUGGUGCGUCUGCAGCUCCAGCAGCCAGAGGGAGACCUCUUCUCCUGUGGAUGUGACACAACAGAAGAGCAUGCCAGCCAGAGCUCUUCCAAUGACACUCCAGCCCCGGAGAGGGCCAUGUGCCAGCCCUGCACCAAACCGCCAUCAUCUUCAGAUACUGAAGAGCCAGCUUCCACCUCCGAGCAUGAGGAGGUGGAGGAGGAGGAAGCAGCUCCUGGGGAGGAGGACACUUCCACUGAGGAGAUAACAAGUGAUGGAGAAGAAGUGCAGGAGGAGGUAGAAGAAGAGGAGGUGACAUCUGAGGAGGAGGCUGAGUCAGUGGAGGAUCACAGUGUGGAAGAGAUAGAUGAGGAGGUUGCAUUAUCUGAAGACGACGAGAAGGUAGCUGAGGUUGAGGAAGAGGAGGAGAAAAUCGACGAAGGAGAGAAGGAAGCAGAGGAGGAGUUAUCCCAUCAGGAAGAGGAAGUGACUGAACCUCAAGAAGAAGUUCCAGAAGAGGACGAACCUGCUGCUGAAGCUGAAGAAACAGUUGAUGAAGCAGAGGCAGCUGCUGAGGAGGAAAGUGUGGAAACUUCUACACACGAGGAUGCAGAGGAGGAAGCUACCGCUGCUGAGGAGGAGGUUGCAGUGGCUGAAUCUCAACCAGAAGCAGAACCGGUAGAGCUUCCUCAAAUAGAACCUGAGGCUGAACCAGAGCCUGAAUCAGCACCAGAGGAGACUGCAGAGCCAGAGCCUGAAUCAGAACCAGAGCCUGAAUCAGAACCAGAGGAGACUGAAGAGCCAGAGCCCGAAUCAGAACCAGAGCCUGAAUCAGAACCAGAGGGGACUGCAGAGCCAGAGGUCGAAGUGGUUGCAGAGCCAGAACCUGAAGUAAUUUCAGAACCAGAAGAGACUGAAGAGCCAGAGCCUGAAUCAGAACCAGAGCCUGAAUCAGAACCAGAGGGGACUGCAGAGCCAGUGGCCGAAGUGGUUGCAGAGCCAGAGCCUGAAGUAAUUUCAGACCCAGAGGUGACUGAACAGCCAGAGCCUGAAUCAGAACCAGAAGAGGAAGAACCUACUCAAACCGUGACAGCAGAGCCAGUGCCUGAAUCAGAACCAGAGAAUACUGCAGAGCCAGAGACUGAAGUAGUUGCAGAGCCUGAGCUGAUUCCAGAGCCUGAACCAGAACCAGAGGUCAUCCCUGAAGUGGAUCCAGAGCCUGUUGUGGAGGAGGUCACACCAGAAUCUAUAGAGGAUGUAGCUGUGGAGGAGGAAUCAGUGGAAACCACUGUGGAGGAGGCGACUGUGGUGGAGGAGGCAUCUGUAGAUGCCAUUGAGGAGGCAACAGUGGAGGAGGUGACUGCAGAGGAGCCUCAAACCAAAGAACACAAGAAAGAGGUGCCAACAGGCCAGGCACUGAGGGACCGCUCCCACAUCGAGGACACACUGCGAUUGGCUACUGCUGAACCCUCAGCAGAGUUCUCAGCUGCUAUGAAGAAGCUGUUGAACAUCUACCACACUGCCAUCAAACCAAUGGAGCAAGCCUUCAAGUACAAUGAGCUCAGGCAGCAUGAAGUCACAGAUGGCGAGAUCACUUCUAAGCCCAUGGUUUUAUUCCUGGGGCCAUGGAGCGUUGGCAAGUCCUCCAUGAUCAACUACCUGCUGGGUCUGCACGGCACCUCACAGGGACUCUACACAGGUGCUGAGCCCACCACCUCAGAGUACACAGUCAUAAUGCACGGUGAGAAGACUCGGACCAUAGAGGGCAUCGUAAUGGCAGCAGACAGCUCCCGGUCCUUCUCCCCCUUGGAGAAGUUCGGCCAAGGCUUCCUCGAGCGGUUGGUGGGCAUCGAGAUGCCCCACAAGUUGCUGGAGACGGUUACCUUCGUCGACACACCCGGCAUUAUUGAAAACCGCAAGCAGCAGGAGAGAGGUUACCCCUACAGUGAGGUGUGCCAGUGGUUCAUCGAUCGAGCGGAUCUGAUCUUCCUGGUGUUCGAUCCCACCAAGCUGGACGUGGGUGGGGAGCUGGAGAUGCUCUUCAGGCAGAUGAAGGGCCGCGAGUCCCAGAUUCGUCUCAUCCUCAACAAGGCUGACAGUCUGUCCACCCAGGACCUGAUGAGGGUCUACGGAGCACUGUUCUGGAGCAUGGCGCCCCUGAUCAACGUCACAGAGCCCCCUCGGGUGUACGUCAGCUCUUUCUGGCAACAGGACUACGCUGAGGAUACCAGCCGAGAGCUCUUCAUGAAGGAGGAGACUUCUCUGCUGGAGGACCUCAACCAGGUGAUUGAGAAUCAGAUGGAGAACAAGAUUGCCUUCAUCCGCCAGCAUGGCAUCCGUGUGCGCAUCCACGCCCUGCUGGUGGACCGCUACCUCCAGACCUACUAUGACAAGCUGGGCUGGUUUAGCGACCCCUACGAGGUGUUUCAAGACAUCGUCAACGACCCGGACAAGUACUACAUCUUCAAAUCUAUUCUAGCCAAAACCAAUGUUAGCAAGUUCGACCUGCCCAACAAGGAGGCCUACCAGGACUUCUUCGGUGUGAACCCGGUUUCCAGCUUCAAGCAGCUCUCCUCUCACUGCAGCUGGACCGGCGGCUGUCUGCUGGAGAAGAUAGAGAGGGCCAUUUCACACGAGCUCCCGGCUCUGCUCAGCAGCGUCAGCAAGGCCACAGACACGCCUGCCCCAGCGAAGGCCGCACCUACACCCCCGCCUCCUCUCCCUGGCACCUGUGAGGGUCCUGAGUGUGAGGAGAAACCAAAGAAUCGCUGGAGAAGGCAGUGAGAUGGGGGCGAGGGGUGCAGGAGGAUGGACAGAGGAGGCAGAUGGCAGCAGUGGCAGCCAGACAGUUUCCUUAAAUAAUCCCCACUGCUGUGAUUUUCAGGACUGGCUUUGGGGAAGACCGAGCAGGGAGAGAGUGUGAGAGUACAAAAACAUGCAAAGAUGUACCAAGCAGAUUAUUAAAUCCUUUUCUAUGACUGUAUAACAACUCUCUGGUACACAUUCUCCUAUAUGACAUCCUUAUGGUAUUUAGGUAGGUCAAAACAGACAGAAAGAGUGAACAUUUUUGACUGUGGUUUGUUAGAAACAUUUUUAGAAAAAGAGGCUUGUAGUCAUCUGAAGCCAUUAAGAUGUCUGCUAAGUGUGAUGAAUGUGUACAGGGGAAACAAACUUCCAAAACAUGAUGACACCAAAUUAUCAAAGACGUCUAUUUCCUGUAUAACCCUUCAUGGUAAUGAAAUCUGAGAAUGAUUGUUUUAUUGUUUCUCACUGUUUUCAAGUUUGUACAUUAUUUUUUCUUCAGAGAAAUAUGCUGGCAGUAAAUGUGGCCACUCUUUUGUCUUUUGUGUUGUUUGCAAAGUCUGAUGAUUCAGUCAAACUGCUGUGCUGUGUUUUUACGGUUAAGCCAAUGUAGGUCGUUAUCACGUUGGGGUGAAUCUUUUCCGUGGUGCGAAAAUAAAAUAGAAAGAAGGGUGCUCUAUUUGUUUUAUUUAGCAGUGAUUCAUCCAUGUUUAGUCACUGUACUGUAAUGCACUACUGUAUACUGUACUGUCAUUUUUCUUCUUGUACUAUACUACAUUAAUUAAAGAAACAGGUUUUAUUUUAACAUUUCUCAAGACUGCAGACUGAAUUGACUGCAAUCUCCUCAAAACUCUCUCAUGUAAGCUUGUAUUUAAUGCCACCGUGGCCUUUUCAGCUCUCUGAACUGUUUACCAGCUUUACCUCAACACGGCUGCAUACCACAUGGGCAUUUCCGUUAAAAGUGUAAUCUUUUCCUUGUUCUUUUAGGCCUGUUUGUAAUUGUCAUUCUUUUGAGUGAUUUCUUUUGAGUAAACAAACAAAAAAAA